AUGCUCUGGGGUAGUGUUGAUGGCAAAGACGUCCAGCUCGUCACGCUCAAGUCAGAGCUCCUGGAGGUGGACAUUUGCAGCUUAGGAGCUGCUUUGGUGGCUGUGCGUCUCCAGGUGAAGGGAGCUUGGAUCGACGUGGCCUUAGGAUACGAGUCGCUCGAGAGAUACGUGAAUGGCGGCAAGCCGAAUUUUGGCACCGUGGUCGGCCGUUGUGCAAACCGCGUUGCCAAUGGUACUUUUGAGUUGGAUGGGCAGCAGUUCAAGUUGGACACGAACAAUGGCAGCCACCAUCUACACGGAGGUACGAAGGGAUUUUAUGCCCAAGUCUUCGACGUGACCAGCUUGUCAGAGAAUCAGGCAACGCUUGUGCUAACAGAGCCCGACGGCUUCAUGGGAUACCCGGGAAAGGUUGAUGUGAGCGUCACGUACGAAGUGAGUGGCGGCGAGCUGCACUUUCGCUACAGCGGUGUGACGGACAAGCCCACACUUCUGAGCAUGACCAACCACGCCUACUGGAACCUAAAGGGCCACCAGGCCGGCGACGUGCUCGAUCACACUUUGAUGGUUCCGGCCUCGCGGACGACGGCAACUGACGAAAGCCUUGCCAUCACAGGUGAGCUGCCGGAAGUUGCUGGGACGCACCUGGAUUUGCGAGAACCGCGGUUGCUUCACGAGGCUGUUAAAGUGGGUGGUCCGAUAGAUCGCAACUAUUGCCUGGACAAGCCAGAUGGUGGUGAGGUCAUGGCUGCUCGGUUGGUUGGCCCGAACAAGGUCACCAUGGAGGUCUGGACAGACCAGCCGGGCUUGCAGGUCUUCACCGGCAGCAAUAUCGGCACAACAGGUCCUGGCACAUGGUGGCAUGGGAAGGGCUGCGAGUGGAAGCAGUUUGGGGCAAUCUGCCUGGAGCCGCAGCUUUGGCCUGAUGGAGUGCAUCACAGCCACUUUCGAAGUCCCGCUGGCCUCUACGACGAUCUUGUCAUGCUUCUUGACUUCAACAGCUUGUACCCCUCCAUCAUCCAGGAGUACAACAUUUGCUUUACCACAGUGGACCGACCUGACGAGAAUGAGGUUGCCAACAUGGCCAGCGAGGCACAGCUGCUGUCACAGACGCACGAGCCAGACGGAACAGCGGAGGAAGGUGUUCUGCCACAGGUGCUGCGCCGUCUUGUGGACAGCCGCCGGGUGGUGAAAGCGAGCAUGAAGUCGGAGAAGAAUCCGAAGAUUCUGCAGGUGUUGGAGAUCCGUCAGAAGGCACUGAAGCUCACAGCAAACUCCAUGUAUGGCUGCCUUGGCUUUCAGAACAGCCGAUUUCACGCCAAGCCGUUGGCGGCUCUCAUCACGGCCAAAGGACGAGAAGCCCUGCAAAGCACGAAGACCGUCGUGCAGCAAGAGCUGCAAUUGGAGGUGGUGUACGGCGACACCGAUUCAGUCUUUGUCAACUCCAAAACGGCUGAUUUCCAGCAGGCGAUGCAGGUUGCUGAGCAGAUCAAGCGUGCGGUCAACAAGAGGUACCGCCGACUUGAAAUCGAGAUUGAUGCUGUGUUUGCGCGUCUUAUGCUACUCAAGAAGAAGAAGUAUGCUGCCCUCAAGGUUGUAAACUGGGAGAAGCAGGUCUUUGAGCAGGAGUUCAAAGGCCUCGACAUCGUGCGACGGGACUGGUGUUGUUUGGCCAAAGAGAUGGGAGAAGCUGUUCUGACAAAGAUUCUCGAUCCAAAGUUGAACAAAGAAGAGUCGAUCGAGUGGGUGCAUCAGUUCCUGACUGAACAAGCUAAGAAGAUGGAUGAUGCCAAGGUGCCUUUGGAAAAGUUUGUGAUCACCAAGGGUCUCACCAAGGAUCCUAAGGACUAUCCCGAUGCGAAAAAGCAGCCGCACGUCCAGGUGGCGCUGCGAUUGCUCUCGCGGGGCAAGCAGGUUCGACCCGGGCAGGAGAUUGGGUAUGUGGUAUGUGACAGCGCAGGUGAAGGUCACGAUGGCAAGUCUUUGCUCGCUGAGCGCGCUCGACACCCGCACGAGAUGGAGCUGGAUCCGACGUUGCGCUUGGACAUGGCCUGGUACAAGAAGCAACAGGUACACCCGAUCAUUGCCCGAAUACUGGGUGUCGUGGAGGGCACAAGCCCGAGUCGAAUCGCCGAAUGCCUAGGCCUGAAGCAUGUAGCAUCCCGGGCAUUCCGUGGCAUGCGGGCAUUCCUUGCUUGUGAAGCAGUGUGUUUGGGAGGCAUGGAUCCCUCCAUCUAUGCACAGGCCUGUAACCGGUUGAACCGUUUCCUUCAAAGCAAAGCUGCGAACAUUGCUGCUCACGUCAUUGGAAAAGCCUUCUCAGGCAGUGCAACAUGA